ACGAAAAAGACUGUAGUUAAAAUAUCUCAUGAUAUGAACACGCAUUUUUUAACUACGUCGUGCCACAACCCACACUUUUACAUUUUUACUCAACAGUUCGAUACAUUAGUCCACCAGAAUGUAGAGAGCUUGUUAACCAAAUGGGAGGAGACGCAACAAGCUGCAUGGAUUAGCUUUUGGGAGCGUGAAGCUAAUGAAUUUUUGGAGGAAGAGUGGAAUAAACGCUACCCUGAAUAUAAGGAACAAAUCGCCUACGCCACAUUAGAGGAGCAACAGGAGUGGCAGGAGCUUUGGCAGCAGCAUACCACCGAAGUAAGCGGACAAUUUUGGCAUAUAUUUAGUUGCGCUUUUGAAAACUACCAAAGAGAACUGACUAAAUCCCUAGAGGGGAAUGAAAAUGAUGUGGCAGUAGAUGCUGAGAAUUUGCCACGACUCGAUUUGCUUCAACUAACCCAUAAAAAAAGAACAAAUAAAUAUAAACAACGGACCAGUGACGAGGAAUAUUGGACCGCCAACGACGAUCCCGACGACGUCGACGAGGAGCAGCUCAAAUUAUUCGGUCUGCCCACAGCGUUUGGUACUCAAAAAAACCGGAAAAGCAAUAAAAAACCCAUCAUUGUUUCUGUUGAAAGUGGCAGCGAAAGCGAUUUAAAUAUGCCAAAGGACUCUGAGGAGGCACUGCAUGGGGUGCAGAAUCCCGUUAUUCGCAAAAAACGCAAGGAUGCUCGUAAAUUUGUGCCCCGUAUGCCAGAAUUUAUGCGCGAGGACAAUCAAGUACGCAAAUAUUGGUUCAAGCGUUUCUCCCUUUUCUCUCGCUUCGAUCAUGGCAUACGUUUGGAUCGUGAGAGCUGGUUUUCUGUGACGCCCGAGAAGAUUGCCAAACAAACGGCCCGUCGCCUCUCCUGCGACAUCAUUCUCGAUGCCUUCUGCGGCUGUGGUGGCAAUGCAAUUCAAUUUGCCAACACCUGCGAACAGGUUAUAGCUAUUGACAUCGAUGAAAAAAAGCUGGCCAUGGCUAAGCAUAAUGCCGCCAUUUACGGUGUGGCCCACAAGAUUCAGUUUGUGCAUGCAGAUUUUUUAAAAUUUGCACUCUCGACGCGUCUGCGUCCAGAUGUCGUCUUUCUUAGUCCUCCCUGGGGUGGACCUGAUUACCUCAGGCAGCCCAGCUAUGACAUCGAGAAGUGUCUACAGCCAGUGGGUGCCGCACAGCUCCUGCAACUGGCACGGCAGUUAAGUCCCAAUGUGUCCUGCUUCUUUCCCCGCAAUGCGAAUAUGCAGCAGCUGAUUCGUUUGGCGGGCGUCGGACAACAAUGUGAGGUGGAGCACAACUUUUUGGAUACACGCUUGGUGGCCAUUACUGCCUAUUAUGGUCAGCGUUUCAUAAAACCACUGGCGGUGCCGAAAAGCCAACAGAACGAAACAAGUGAGGCUGAAGCUGAGGCUCCUCCAACUCCAGAAGAUUGUUAAAUUUUUUAAGUUUGAUUUCCACUUUAACAUUUAAGGUAUUUAUAGUUGAAGGUCGAACAAGAUAUAUAUUUUUAUAAAAAAAAAAUAAUUUUUAUAAACAUAAGGUCAAAAGCAUAAUUACAUAUGCUUUCACAAAUGAAUAAAGUAAACUGUAUGUGCUUUAAAUUCCA